AUGGAGUUCGGAAUAGAUACACCCUUUUCACUUCCUGACGAUGGUGCGGAACCGGGCAACGGGGGCAUGGGACAAGACCAGCAGCAGAAAAUCAAUAUUCCUCGAGCAUGCCAGUCAUGCCGGGCCUCCAAAGUAAGAUGCGACCAGCCGAAACCAGGCAAGCCGUGCCUCAGGUGCCAGAAGUCUGGCAAGCCUUGCGUUGGUGCCACCAGCCAACCAGGGAAGAGACAAGAACAAUUAAGCAAUCGCAUUCUGGAGAUCCAAUCGAGGAUCGAAUUGAUGUUGUCCUCCGCGGAAUUGGAGGACAGCGCUGGGGAUAUACCUCCGUCGAGCGGGGACAACCUCCGUUCGCCUUCGAAUUUGUCGCACAACACCCAACAACAUGAUCGGAAUUUGCUCAUUAAUGGCAACCAUGGGAUGGAAGAUCUCGAAUCUACUAUACACUCAUGGCUCGCCGAGAACAUCACGGACCUCGAUGAUCGUACUGCAGAGACAAUAUUCGGUCGCUACUUGAGCACCAUGGCUCCCACGUUCCCGGUUGUCGUCUUUCCCCAAGGCGCCACGGCAGCCAACGUCCGAAGUGAUAACCCACUUCUCUUCCUGGCCAUUCUCGACGUGGCCUCCUCAGGAUUCUGUGCGCUUGAGACUCAGAGGAAAUUGCGGAAGCUUAUUGUUCAGGCAUAUGUUCAUUGCAUGCUCCGGACGGACCAAUAUACCAUCGGACUGCUCCAGGCUUUGAUUGUGUCCGCCAUAUGGUAUCGCACGAUCGAGCCCAUAGAGCCCGGGGAACAAAUGGACAUUUACCAGAUUAGCCACACCGCAGCGAACAUGGCCUUGAUCAUGAGAUUAGGGGAGAGUCUGAAUGCCAAAUCUGGGGUUAGCUUCGGGGCUGAGUCGCUGGAAGCUCGGAGAGUGUGGUUAGGGUGUCACUAUAUUUGCUCGAACACCUCCAUGUCCCUUCGCGCUCCGAACGUCAUGAGAUGGACCCGUCUUAUGGACGAAUGCCUGGAGGUAUUGGAAACUUCGCCAGCGGCCCUUCCGUCGGACAAGGUCCUGUGUCAGCAUAUCAGGCUGCAACAUAUAACCGAAGAAUUUGCGAUGCGAUUGUCUACGGAAGAGACUUCUACUCUUGAUAAAUCACGAGCUGUUCGGAUCCAGAUGACACAUCGUGAGUUCAAACGGCAGCUCAACGCAUGGCGUAAGGACGUUGCCGAUGGCUGUUGGGACGAGGCCCUGGAAUUUUCGUAUUAUUUCUCACACUUGUACAUAAAUGAAGUGGCGUACUGCACACCGACGAAUGAUGAUGUUACCGACGACUCGCCAUCAAUUGUUGCAAUUGAGACACACGCCAUUCCCGAGUUUAUGGAAACGACAGAUAACAUCUUUCGAGUUUUCACCUCGCUGGAUAUGUCGACGAUGCGAGCCCUACCCGCCAUGUACUUGAUUCGGAUAAUCUACACAUUCAUGAUCUUGGUUAAACUAUACUUUGCGGCAGCCAAAUUACCGACUCACGGUGCACGGUUGCAAGUCACCGGACUCCAGGUCUCCCAGCGCCUCGAUCGCGUUAUUCAGAUGUCCGCAGGAUGGGGUCCUUUGUGGCCCGCUACGAAAUUAACCACCGUGUUCAACAGAAUGCGGUCGUGGUUUGAAAGCGAAGACGGCAAUCCACAGAGGUUGCAGCAGACACCGCCGUGGCUCACUCUAUGGAAGUUCAAAUCUCCUUCUCAGAACCGGGACGCGCUUAGCAUGGACAUGGUCGAAGCUGACUCUGUCGUGCAUACUCUGCCCUUUUCGCUUGGAUCGCCCCUGGGGACCGACUUGUCGACUGCCGCUCCUUUUCGGUCAAUGUCUCACGCUACCGAGUAUUGUACUCCUCGAAAGCAAGCCACUGGUUUUAUGCAGGAUGGCGAUCCAAUUGAACCAGGUAAUAUUCCUGAUAUAGAACCGAUGGACGGAUCUUACAUGGGUUUGGACUGGAGCCAAGUUCCAGACAUGGGCUUGGACUUGUGCAACUUGGACGUGCCAUUCUCGCCAAUCCCAAUCCCGAAUCCUGACUUUGAUCCAGACGCAGUCAUGAAGGAAACUUCACGGGGCGGAUGA